GCCGCGGCGAACCAUGUUCCAGCCGCGCACCAACGCCGGCCGCGCCGCCAAGCCGGGUCCGUCUCGGCUGUCCCUCUCGAACCUGCCAUCGCCGGAGCAGCGACCGCCGGCGUCACGUGACCAGCCGCUGGCGCAGUGCAGCGCCACGUACCGGUGUCACGUGGCGGCGCCGGUGGCCGGCCGACCGCUGAGGAUCCUCCGCGAGGGCGACACCCUGCUGAGGAUCGCCGUCUCCGGCUGCGGGCGUCACGUGGCCUGCUCCAGCCGGCUGGGCCGCUCGCUGGAGGUGGCACGACUGACUGGCCUGGCGGUGACCCAGGACAAGUUCCUGAUGGGCACGCAGGGGCCCGUCUCGUCCGUCUCCUGGAACCUGGGCAGCGACAGACUGGUGGCUACCUCGGCGGCCGGCCUUCACCUGUGGAGCUUCCCCUCGGGAGAAACGAUCGGGCUCCGGCCGCCGGCCAAGGCGUCGUUCGCCGCUGCCCAGUUCUUCUUCAUGGACGAGUUCGUCCUGUCGGCCUGGAGCGACACUGUCGGUCUGUUCCGUCUGGCCGACGGUGACGGCGUGCGAAGCCCUCUGCGGCCGGUACUGCAGUGCCGGCUGCCCUGCCGCGAGGUGUUGCACGUGACCGGCGCCGCCCAGUUCCGCUCCACGCUGGCCGUCGUCUGCUGCUCGGACCACGCGCUCCGCCUGUUGGACGUGCAGGCGGGCCGCGUGGCGAGCACACUGGCUGACGUGGCGUUUCACCCGCGCCGGCCCGGCCUGGCCGCCGCGCUGCUGGACGGACGCCUGCAGACGUGGCCUCUGGACGGAGCCGCUGAGUGA